AAAAUAAAUGAUUUGUGUGUGCGCUGGCACUUGCUGUCUGUGGCUCCGCCUCGACGUGGGCAGUGGUAUAUAAAUCUGUCAAUUUGAUACUUCUGCCACGGAUUCAUCCUCAACCAACUGGAGAGCUUUGAAAAAGUGAUGGAGAGGAACGCUACCCCUUCCUAUCAUAUCAAUACAACAGAUGUAUCUGGAAAAAAUGGCUCUGUGUUUAUCGACCAGUAUGCUGAGCUGAGACGGUCUCUCAACAUCAUGUCUCUCAUUGUUUACUGCCUGGCCUUUGUUCUUGGUGUGCUCGGUAAUGGAAUGGUUAUCUGGGUGACCGGGUUCAAGACAAACCAAACUGUUAACACAGUUUGGUUCCUCAACCUCGCUGUGGCCGACUUCCUCUUCACAUUAUUUUUGCCCCUGAGUGUGACGUACCUGGCUACGGACUUCCACUGGCCUUUCGGCAAGUAUAUGUGCAAACUGAACAGCACAUUGAACUUCAUGAACAUGUUUGCCAGUGUCUACAUUCUGGUGGUGAUCAGUGUGGACAGAUGUGUGUCUGUGGUGUGGCCCGUCUGGGCCCAAAACCACCGAAGUGUACGCAAGGCGUCCUUUGUGAGUCUGGGUGUUUGGGUUCUAGCUCUGAUUCUCAGCGCUCCAUACUUCAUCUUCAGGGACACUGGGUCAUCAUAUAACAAUGAUGACAUUAUCAUCUGCUACAACAACUUUGCUUUUUCUGAUGACUAUGAAACACCGUCUGUGAAUCAGCUGCGACAGUUUCGUAAUCAGGUCAUGACCAUCACCCGCUUCCUCCUGGGAUUUGUUGUUCCCUUCACUGUCAUUGUCUCCUGUUAUGCUGUGAUAAUCCAUCAUAUCAGAAGAAACCGUACCCUGGCCAGCCAAUCAAGUCGCUCCUUUAAGAUCAUUGCUGCAGUUAUCACCACUUUUUUCCUGUGCUGGGCUCCUUAUCACAUCAUGGCUUUAAUUGAGAUGGUCAAUUUAUUACCUUCUUAUCAAAGUGAAACAUUAGACUAUGUCACCACUAUCGGAGCCCCUAUAGCAACCAGCCUGGCGUUUCUCAACAGUUGCCUGAACCCACUGCUGUAUGUGUUCAUGGGCCAAGAUUUCAAAGAUAAAGUCCGCAAAUCCAUCCUGAAAUUAUUGGAGACUGCCUUCCAGGAAGAGGUUACUGGCUCUCACACUGACACAAAGUCAGUGGACACCAGUCGGAGCACUGGGAAGUCAGUUAGUACUGAAGUAUAAGUGUGUCCAUGACAAGAAGAAACAAAUACUGAAACUGUAAAUAGCAAAUCAUUUUGCUUUUGUUGUUUUUAUACAUGGCGACCUAUAAACAUUAUCUUAGAUUGAAGCUUUCCACUGAUGUAGUUUGAUUAAUGUUAUCAAACUGAACAGGUAUCAAAGUGUAGGCCUACCACUUUUUAACUACGCCGACAGCAUUCAUAACCUGAUAGAACAAACUGAUGGUAAUAUUGUACAAUAAGUUGUUAUGCCUUCUGUGAUCUAAACCUUUGUUGAAUAAGGCGUGGGAUGUUUUUAGUCACAUAGUUCUGUUAUGAGCUGAGAAUCACAGCAAUGCCCCACGGACGUGCACAGGUACGGACUAUUGUUGCCCGGGCAACAAUAACCCGUUUGCCCUGAUUGGCUCAGUUGCCCCUCUGGAGAAAUAGCCUAAAUAAACUUUUUUACCCUUUUUUGCUGUUGUGGCUGCAUUAAUACAACAGGCCCGUCAUUAGUAAAGUAAAAUUCUAUCGCCAUAUCAUCCAAUCUUGGUUAUUUUAUAUUGCCCUUAGCAAUGUCCUCUGCCCCCAGUCAUGUGACUUUGUUUAUUCUCACACACAGAGCACCACCAGAGACGGUUUAGAAGUUAUAGGAAAAAUAGUAGUAAAAUACUUUUAAUAGCUGAAAUAUGGGAUAGCAAGGCCAGAUAACUGGUUCACAAAGGCUUAAUAACGUGUUGUAAUUAUUAUUUAUACAAUAUAUAUAAACAUAAAUAUUUAUUGUGCCAAAUAAUAACAACAUUUAUCUCAACCAGAAUUCAUGAGUGAAGCCACAGUCUAUGAAAAGUCAACUGGCUGCGCUAGAGUCUUCAGUUGUCUUAAUGUGUUUUUUAGCAGUGAUAAGUACAGUAGGCUAUACUAUUCAUUCUGAUUCUAAUAAUUCCAUUUAAGAUGAGGCCCUAACACAAGGCUCCAGGCCAGAGAGUAAGGGGGAGCAGGCGGAACAAAAGAACCCAGCAGUUGUUUCAAAAUAGGUAUUACACGAGUUUAUGGUUAAAUUUGUGUAACACGAGUGAGUUUUGUUUUUUACCAUCUGUCACUUACGCAACAGAUUGCGAUUUCCAUUUUCUUGCCUGUAUGUGACAGUAAAGAAAACAUGCAAACAAGUCCCACUUGUUUAUAUCUGCACCACCAUUUUGGGAUGUAGAUCUUGUAUUUUCAUUUUGCUCAUUCAGCCUGUAUGGUCAUUUUUACCGCACAAAUCACCCUGAAAUGCAUAUUUCUUACAAUGAACUGAGCACCUGCAUCUACGUUGUUGCUUUCCAUGUACCGACACCAUAGAAAGUAAUUUACCUGAAUUUGAACUGCUGGUUUGAUAAACUUUCAAUGUAUUUAUUGUAAGGACAAAUUAAAAAAGGCAAAUAGUCUUAUCAUUAAAUAUGACAACACAGAACCACAGAAAAAUGGAAUGGCCCACUUAUGGGUUGAAGAUGUAACGAUCUGUCUAUAUAAGAGCUUUAUUUUAAUGAUGAUGAUUGUUAUUGUAAUUUUUCUUGCCAUUAUUAUUUUUCCAUUAUUCAAAUAUUAUUUGGACUUCACUAUCCUACCCCUUGACGUAUAAUCACAUAAUAAUAAAAAACAUCCCAUCGUUUUACAAAAGAUUGUGCCUGUAAUCUCUUUCUCUAGUGUGAUUGAUGCAUACCAUACAUACAGGAUACUCUUUUUGUUGUUGAUGGUCUUUCUAAUGCCAUUGACUUUCUUCAUAAUAUUAAUUGACCAGCAGAGAGAACUGUUUUACAUAUUUAAGUAUAGACCAGUUCAAAAGGGGUUCUCCACGCAACAUCCAGUAAUGUGCUGCAGAAUCAGGAGCAUCUCAGACCAGGGACAGCCAGCUUUAGAGAGAUAAAAAAGACUGCAGCACACUGAUUAAUGUUCAGCCAUUAAUAGUGCAAACUGAUUUGUUGCAUUGUCUGUGCUAUUAAAGGUUAAAAAUCAUUUAGCGCCCUUCAGUCUUUUUUUCUUCCUUCAUGAGUAUAUUCUAGUCAAUUAAGUGAGUACCUCCUUAGUCAAUGAUUAUUUUUUUCUUUGAAUAUGUUAAGGCUUUUUGUGCCAAAGUGAAUUAUUACCAGUAGCUUUUAUAUCCUGAAUAUAUAUUGUUCUGAUAAUCUUAAUGGGAUAACCUAUGAUGAAUUUGUUUAUUUUAUUAAUAAAAUAGUUUGGACAGUUUGGGGGAAAAACAUUUAGAUCCUCCUGUAUAUUUUCACAAUGUAAUUUUCUGUGUGAAAAGUAUUUUCUAAAUUCUCUGUCACUGUUAAAAAAGAGGUGAACUGUGACUGAAUCGUGGGAACAUUUUAGACAAGGUCAUAUACUGUUGUGUAUUUAUUGGAUUUGUAAUCCAAUAAAUACAUAAAUGUGGACUGCUAAUAAAGUACUGUCAGUAGUGGUUGGAGGAAAGUUUUGUACUUUAGUACUCAAACGAAGAAGUACUUUCUAAACUCAAGAUAUCAGUUGCAUGUUGAAUGUGUUUCUAAAUGUAGAGGAAGUCUAAUUAAGGAGGAAGCUGACAGGAAGGAACAUAGUGGAGAUAACUUAGACCUGUGCAAUUCCUCUUAUACUAAUAUUGAUUAUAAUAAUAUAUCAGACAAGGAUAUAUUUUUACUUCAGAUAUCUUUCUCUUUGUUCAGAAAUUGGUUCAAACAGUAACACAGAGCUUUUACAUCCUGCAUCAAGCAAAUACGCCAUCAAUCCACAUCAAUCCAUAGUCGUCUAACAACCCAUUAUUUUAACAUUUAGUUGUUUGGUCACUUUUUGAUUUUUCUUUUGGAAGGUCCUA